CCAUGCCGUUAUGAGUGAUUGCUGUAAUAGUGAAUUACGCAGCGAAUCCAUAAACAACAUGUUAAAUGUCAUUGUAGAUUCCAAAAUUAUAAGUAUUGAAGUAUUUACGGCAGCUGUGGCGAUACUCUUUGUGGUGGUCCUACUAAAAAACAAAUUUCGUAACUUUUGCGGAACAUGAAUUUCGGGGGCGCAUUGUUAUAAGUGGAACGGAGAAAAAUUGGACAACAAGGAAUCAUUUUAGGACAGGUGUAUUAUGGAGGCUUAAGAAUAUAACAUACAUAUAGUAUAUACAACAUACAUACACAUACAAAAUAUUAUAAAUUUUUUGUAAAUAUAUAAAUGACUCAACAACCAAAA